GCUAUUUGUCACACUUUUUUGAAGUACUUUUGUAGGUGCUUAUUUCUAUGUUGGAUCGCGAGAUGAAAAAGGAAAGAACAUCAAACUUUUGGAUGAUCAAACUGGACAAACGGAGCCGUUAAAACGAGUCAAGAACAAACAUUUUACACUUCGAUUACCAGAUGGUCUGGACAUCACAAGAUUUGAUCAAUUUGGAAUUUGGUCUACUGGAAUCAACCGUUCCUUGAGCCACGUUGACAUCAAACAACCGGAAACGGAUGUGAUUGAUCAACAAAAAAGACCUAUUGGACCGAAUCAGAAGUGCAAAAGUAGACGAAGACGAUCAUUACGAACACCUGCAAAUAAUGCUGACAUGCCCAACUUUGAGCAUUUUCCAAAGAAGAGUGGAUUUGGAAAGGAUUCAAUUGAUAAACCCAUUGAGCCAAUAUCAGCGGACAUAGAAGAACCAAGUCAACAAACCUCUCAGAAACCAUGGGUUGACUUGAAGAAACGUCAAGAUCUAUCAGUGGAAACCCAGACUCUUCCAACUGAUAACGUUAUUGAUAGAAUUGACAAUGACGAAGACUAUAACGAUGACGAUGACAAUGAUGAUGACGAUGACACUAACCCUGACAAUGAUGUCGAGUGUUACGAGCAGAGUUCGUCAACAACUGAAAGACAAAUGGUUUCCAUGGAGUUACUAAAGAACUCGAAAUCUUCGAGUCCAAAAGCUGCACCAUUAUUGUCCGAAUCGGUGGUGAUACAACCAUCGCCCCCAGCUCCCAACCCACAUGCCUUGGCCGAUAAGAGCAUUUACAAUAUGGAACCCUUUGAGGAGAUCAAACCAGCCAAUGAACAAGCACCAGCUUGGCAGAAAUACUGGCAACUCAACCAUAUGGUGGCAAACUAUUCCAGUACCGACAAACGCCAAUUAAAGCAGACAAAUCAUGUGCCAUCCAAAGAGGAGCCAAAGUUGGAUGAGCAUUCAAUCAACCUCCUUGAAAAGUCAAAGCUAAUAUCGCAGUUAAAAGAGAGGCUGAAGAACCGCAAGAUCGAUAUGGCGUCUUUGGUGAGCUCAAAUCAAUCUCCCUUCAGCAAGUCAAAAACACGGAAACCGUCUGUUCCAGCCCAUUUUCAAGACCCCAUGACGAAAGCUGAAAAAUUCUUCGCCGUGAAAAACAAGCUAAUCGCCGAAAGAAGGAAUAGGCCAUUUGGAUUGGAAAAAAGUGAUCGAUAUAAAGCGUCAGAGAAAUCAUCUGACUUCCGAUCAUACCUUAGUGACCUUUUGUCCCCUCUCAAGCGACUUCUUAAGAGUGCAUUGGGGUACCCUUCAGAUCCUCCUUCACGCAGAAGUCCUCAAGUGAAAAGGAAAUUAUUUUUGCCCUGGGAGCAAACCAGACUCCCAAGUCCAACCAGGAGGAGCCAUCGAAGACGUAAGCCACAUUUGACUGCGACCAUGACACGAUCCCAAAUGAAACACAUCUAUCCAGGAAACGUCCCAAAACCUAUGCCAACGCCAGCGUAUGUUGGCAAGAAUAUGCUGCAAAGCCAAAUGCUGGCCAUUCACCAUCAAACCAAGCGAAAAACGCAAGAGAACUUCAUGGAAGAGCACUUACGAAAGAGAAACCGGAAUCCAUUUCUAUCACAAAACAACAUUGGACAAAUUGACCCAACAUUGAGUCCAAAAUCGAAACCAAAGAAAGAAACUGUCACUAAUACUACUGCUACGACGACGAAGGCAACAUCACCACCCACACCGCCCCUAUCUGGCCUAGUGGAACGUGGUUCCAAUCCCGUGUCUCCGUCGUCCUCUUCCCUCGAUGAGUUCCGUCCAAUUCUACCUUUGGUCAAUGGUGGCGCCUUACCAGCGUUAGCUUUCAAUGUUCUUGACUCCUCCUUGGAGGGAUAAUCUCCGUGAUAAAAAUGAUCUUGAGUCAAAGAUGCAAUGUUCCAGAGGAGAAACCUCUUGGCCGGGUGCAAUAGAAUGAAUGAUAUUAUUCAUAGUAACAAUAAUGAAAAAAAGGUCCAGGGAAUGAAGAUCAACCCUACUUCCGUCAUUGCCAUUUUUGCUUCGUCUUCUUGGACGUAGUGCUCUUGAAGAGGUGAAUCCUUGUUUUGUUAAUGAUGAUGAUUGAUCAAUAGAACUGUCAUUUUCUCUUAAGGUUGCCAUAAAAAAUGUAGCAGCAUUAUUCAGCAACUGCUUGAUUAUGAACCUUGAACUUUUAAAUUCUUGCGUCAUCAAAUGGCCAUUCGGACUACCU